CAAUUACUGAAUCAGACGCAAUUAAAUACAAUGGUCGUAUGUUCAUUCAAAAAAGGUUUUUGUCCCUUUGGUUCCGCUUGCAAAGGAGAACACUUAGAACCAACGUCCACUGAUAACAAUAUUACAACAAAUAUGAAAAAUAACAAAGCCUCAGAUGCAAAUAUGACUGUUGCUAAAAGCAGCAGUAUCAAAACAAUGGAAAAGCCGGCCAAUAAUAACAAUACACUUUUCGGAAACGGAAAUUCGACUACCACUAGUCCUGGUACUAUAUUAACUAAAUCACUGACAACCACUAACACCACUAUUAAGGCAUUAAAUAAUAAAAAAUCUAAUAUAUUUGGGGGUGCAGCAGGAAUUGCAUUCCAGCAACAACAACAGGUACAGAAAUUCACAUUUGAACAGACCCCUGUGCCAGCAAGUUUUGUAUUUGGUGGCAGUAGUGACUCAAAUGCACAUGAAAGCGAGAAUCAAGAGAAAAUUGUAAUAAGUGAAGUAGCCAGUAAGUGGCCGGAUGAUCAUCAUAUAUCCAAACAAAUUGAUAAAUCUAUAAUGGACUUAAUUCUGGUGGACAUGCUGCCAUAUAAUAUAGUGGAGGGGUCUGCUUUUAAACGUCUCGAAUUUGCUAAUCCCACUGAAUCAAAUCAAUACAGGAAAAAGACCGAACAAUUUUUCCGUACAUCCCUGAUGCCGGAAACUUUUAACAAAGUCCAGCAAAAAGUGGUAGCUAUAUUGGAAUCAGCCAAAUGGAUAAGCAUUGCUGUAAAUAUAUCGAGUUCUCCUAAUAGUUUGCAGUCGAUGUUAAGCUUUACAGCCUAUUUUUUACAUGAAGCUUCAAGGAAAAAAAUAAUUUUGGGUGCCAGUGUUUUGGAAAAAGACUACAAAGAACUUUAUAUAGCCGAACAACUUUCAAAAAUUGUUACCAAUUUUAAAUUAGAACAAAAAUUGCACUUGGUUGUUUGCGAAAAUCCUUUAAAUAUAGAAGCAAACAUGCAAUUGGCCAACAUAAAAUGUGUAGCUCAUAACAUGCAGCUGGUGAUAUCUGAUGCAAUUUUGUCCGAUAAGCAUAUACAGGCAGUUAUAAUAAAAUGCCGCGGCAUUGUAAAACAUUUCGAAUAUUACAAAGACGCUAAAGAAAAUUUGAAAAUCAUUCAGGAAAUGCUUUCUUUAGAUGAAUUUGCUUUUGUUUUGGAUAUGGAUAAUACAUGGCUUAGCACAUAUUUGAUGGUGGAACGUAUCAAUGAACAACGUAAAGCUGUGGAAGUUUACUCAAAGGAACAUGGUGGCAUAGAAAUUUUAAGCCCCGAAGAAUGGGAUUUGUUAAACGAUAUUGUAGAGACUUUGGAAAAUUUUUAUGAGGCCUUUAUUGAUUUAUCAGCAGAUAAUGCUUCGGUUUCCUUAGUAAUUCCUUUGAUAGAUAUGUUAGCCUCUUCAAUAGAGGAUGAUGAUAGUGCUGUAUAUAAAUUUAAAGAUGAGCUAAAAAAGGCUCUUAAUAACAGAUUUAAAUUUAUUGAAACCUCACUAUUUCUUAUAGUAGCCACACUACUCGAUCCCCGUUUCAAAAACAAAUAUCUCAACGAAACUCAAAUUCAAUUGGCUGAAAAGGAAAUGUCGGACUUUAUAAAUAAAUCACGUUCGUCGGAUGUAAUAAAAAGGGCUCAAAAGUCCAAGAAUAAGCUGUGGGAAAAACAUGACAAUAUGUCGUCUGCUAUAAAAACUAAUAUUUCGUUUAAACGAGAAUUAGAAUUAUAUCUACAGGAGCCUUUAACACCUAGAAAAUCUAAUAUUUAUGAAUAUUGGGAUAAAAGUGCUUACGAAAAUUUGAAAACUGUUGCAUUGAAAUAUAUUUCAGCUCCACCUACCAGUGUUGAAAGUGAGGAAUUGUUUACAGCUGCUGGCAAACUGUACGCCGAUAGAAGUGAACAUCUUAAGGGCAUGGAGGCAGAGCAAUUUUUGUUUUGUCAUUAUAAUAUAAAACUGUUUGAUUUUGUUUAUUGAAAUGUAUGUAUGGAUUUAUUAGUUGAGUGUAAGCAUUUUUUUGUUGACGGCAUAAUACAUGUAUUUUUUUUUUGGCCAUGAAGGCUUCUUUAUAUUGAUUUAAAUAAAUAUAAAUAAAUAAUUAUAAUAUUCUUAUUCUUGUAUAUAUUGCAAAUUACUUCCCAAAUAUUUUAUGCCCUUCAACAAAAAAUUAAAAAAUUUGAGUAAAACUUUUAAAACAAGGCCUUAAACAUGAGGAUUUUUAAAAAUAAAAUUAAAUUCAGUUUCAUUUAA